GAGAUAUAUAAUCCAGGAGCAGUUGACGAUGGCCCAAAGGUUGUGUUUGCUGCUAACGAUAACGGCGUGGGCGGGAUGGGUGGCUGGGCAGUCUCCCUACUGCAGCUUCACGCCCGAGCACACACUGUGCCGCGCGUCCGGCCUCGGCCCCACCUGCGGGUCCCAGGUGCCGGGGCGAGGCGUGAGUGCCCAGGACGCCGCCCUUAUCUUGGCGCAACACAACCAACUGCGGUCCCGGGUGGCCAUGGGGCAAGAGGGCCGUGGAGCGCCCGGGCCGCAGCCGCAGGCAGCCAACAUGAGGCUGAUGGAGUGGGACGACGAGCUGGCGUUAGUCGCUCAGGGUCAUGCCGAUCAGUGCAUCUUCGAGCACGAGUGUUCCGACUGCCGUCGCGUCUCGAGGUUCGGUGUUGGGCAGAACCUUUUCAUCAGCUUCCAGAGCAACUUCGACACACGCAUCCAGUGGGGGCGCGCCAUCAAGGCCUGGUAUGACGAGGUCGCGGAGUUCAGCCCGUCAGCCAUUCAGCCGUUCCAAUUCUCGACUCCCGUGGGCCACUACACCCAGAUGAUGUGGUGGAGCUCUUUCCGGGUAGGAUGCGGCUUCACUAAAUUAAUCUCAGAAUAUUUCCGCAGCCUCGGCCAUAUAACAAAACGAAAUAAACAAGGGUGUGACUCUCCCGGCCCUUUAUUUAAGAGCGAACAGUCCGGAGGCGUCCUGGCGAAUUUUGCACGGCGCUAUGUCUCCAGCUUUCCGGUACCAGCGAUUUUGAACCUUAUCGAGGUUACCUCGCCAGUGGGGUUUCUGUCGUCCUUGAUCUUCGGUGUCCUCGUUGAAUUGGCUCUUCCGAAAGCCUGCCAGACCAUGGUGGUUCGGCGCUUAGUCUCUUGUUCCUUUGAUGCGGAACUCAACGAGAUGAACUGGCUUAGGUAG